AUGUCUCUGAACCGGGUCCGCACAAUGGACACGGAGCAGUCUGCAGAGUACUCGGUGGAGUACUCGGCCCAGGUUUCCAGUGAUCCGGGCCGUGACGUGGGUCGGAGGCGUGAAGUGACCGUAGUGCAGUCCAGCUGCUGCCGCUGCCUGCCCCGCGCAGUGCGCCUCACCUUUACCCCCGAGUCGCUGGAAAGGCUCUAUCAGAACUACUUCCGUCGGCAGAGACAGGAGAACCUGCUAGUGCUGGUGAUGUUCGCCGCUCUCUUCAACAGCUUCGUCAUCAUCAUGUGUGCGGUUGUGUACACUGAGGACAAACUGGCGAUGGUGGUGGUGGCAGCUGUGGGGCUGACUGCGGACGUUGCGCUCUACGUGUUGUGCUGGUUGCAGAAACUCCCCGCAUCACCUGUGUGGCGCGGAGCAGUGGCCUACAUACUGUGGCUGAUGGUCACCGUGCAUGUUUUGUGUUACAUGGGACUAAACUACGAGCGCUUCCCACAUGCUAGUGACUCGGUGGGCUGGCAGACUUUCUUCAUUUUCUCCUGCUUUCUAACUUUGCCACUGAACCUGGUGGCCCUGCUUCUCCUCGCUGUCCUCUCGUGCGGGAUUCACACUCUGGUUUUGGGGAUCACGGUGGCUCAGAAGUUUAAGGAUGGCGCGCAGGGGGCGAUGCUGGUCAGACAGUUGCUAGCCAACGUGGUGCUGUACCUGUGUGCCAUCAUAGUGGGUGUGAUGUCGUACUACAUGGCAGACAGGAAGUACAGGACAGCAUUUUUGGAAGCUCGUCAGUCACUGGAGGUGAAACUAACACUGGAGGAGCAGAGCACUCAGCAGGAGGAACUAUUACUGUCCAUCCUGCCCAAACACAUUGCUGAUGAGAUGCUGCAGGGCAUGAAGAACCAGGCAAAUCAGAACGAAGUCCGGCAGCAGCAGCAGUUCAACACCAUGUACAUGUACCGCCAUGAAAACGUUAGCAUCCUGUUUGCAGACAUUGUGGGCUUCACCCAGUUGUCCUCAGCCUGCAGCGCCCAGGAGCUUGUAAAGCUGCUCAAUGAACUGUUUGCUCGCUUUGAUAAACUGGCAGCAGAACAUCAUCAGCUGAGGAUUAAGAUUCUUGGAGACUGUUACUAUUGCAUCUGUGGUGUUCCUGACUUCAGGGAGGACCAUGCCGUGUGUUCUAUAAAGAUGGGCCUGGCUAUGGUAAAAGCCAUCUCGUACGUUCGAGAAAAGACACAAACAGAGGUUGACAUGCGCGUGGGCGUCCACACCGGCACCGUGCUGGGAGGAGUACUCGGGCAGAAACGCUGGCAGUUUGAUGUUUGGUCCACAGAUGUCACUGUGGCCAAUAAAAUGGAAUCUGGAGGGAUUCCUGGGAGAGUGCAUAUUUCCCAGACCACAAAAGACAGUCUGCAUGGGGAAUUUGAACUGGAGCCAGGGAAUGGUGGAGAGAGGUGUGAGUACCUGCUGGAGAAAGGCAUUGACACUUACUUAGUUCUAGUUCCUAAGCAGAAAGCCAAUGGACUCAAUGGAAAUACACCUGGUACAUUGACCAAUAGAAAUUCCAAACAGUUGAUCAACACCACAGCAUCCAAUGGGAAUGCAGUCUCACAACAGUCCACACCUACUGAGUCUAAAAAGGAGAUGACUAACAGAGCCGAGGAACAAACCAUCAACAGACGACUCCAGCAGGAGCUGCUGGAGAGAGAGACUCAAAAAAUAAUGAAGGAUCAUGAGAUCAACCCCGUUUCUCUCCGUUUUGUGGAUGGAAAGUUGGAGGACCACUACUCCUCAGAGAAGGAGAGGAGGAGCGGAGCGGCCUUCUCCUGCUGCAUGAUUGUACUCCUUUUCAUCACAGCAAUGGAGGUCUUCAUAGACCCACUGUUGUUUGUGAACUAUGUGACUCUCGCAGUAGGACAGGUAUUGCUGCUAAUACUCACAGUAUGCUCCCUGGCAGCCAUCUUCCCCAGGAUGUUCUCCAAGAGGUUGGUGUCUUUCUCAAUGUGGAUUGAUCGCACACGAUGGGCGAGAAACACGUGGGCCAUGGCAAGCAUAUUUGUUCUAACCAUGGCUGUGAUCGCUGACAUGUUAAGUUGUGCACCUCCAUCCCUUCGGAUCUUCAACAGCACGUCUGGUCCAAUGUUGGAGUCGCUCGGUGAUGGAGGCUGUGCAGAUAAUCCGAAGCACUACAGCUUCAUGGCUGUGAUGUCACUCAUUGCAACAACCAUGUUGGUGCAAGUGAGCCACCUGAUUAAACUAGGCCUCAUGGUGCUGGUUGUCACAGCAACUGGAGCCGUUAAUAUCUACAGCUGGCGGGACCUAUAUGAUCUGUAUGAUUACAUGCAGUUUGCCUCCUACAGAACAUUGAUAGUGCCAUCCAAGUACCUCAUGACAGUGAUGAUUAUUGUUAUGAUGAUUGGCUUUUACUUCUUUGCACGCCACCUGGAGCAACAGUCAAGGAAACUAUUUCUGUGGAAGAUUGGCGUGCACGAUCAGAAAGAGAGAGUCUUUGAAAUGAGACGCUGGAAUGAAGCGUUGGUCACCAACAUGCUGCCAGAGCAUGUGGCAAAACACUUUCUGGGCACUAAAAAAAGAGACGAGGAGCUGUACAGCCAGGGGUAUGAUGAAAUAGGGGUAAUGUUUGCAUCCAUCCCCAAUUUUUCUGAUUUCUACACUGAGGAGAGCAUCAAUAACGGGGGCAUUGAGUGUCUGAGGAUUCUCAAUGAGAUAAUCUCCGACUUUGACAGCUUAUUAGACAGGGACGAGUUCAGGUGCAUUACUAAGAUCAAGACGAUUGGAAGCACCUACAUGGCCGCGUCAGGCCUCACACCGGAAAGCAACACAAAUGGAUAUGGCAACCGCAAGCCAGAGGACCAGUUGCUGAUUGAGCGCUGGCAGCACCUCGCUGACCUGGCAGACUUUGCCUUGGCCAUGAAAGUCACCCUCAACAACCUCAACAAGCAGUCCUUCAACAACUUUAUGCUACGAAUCGGUCUAAAUAAAGGAGCAGUUCUGGCCGGAGUGAUCGGAGCUCGUAAACCUCACUAUGACAUCUGGGGCAACACGGUCAACGUGGCGAGCAGAAUGGAGUCAACUGGAGUGAUGGGAAACAUUCAGGUUGUAGAGGACUGCUAUGACAUCCUGAAGGAGUACGGCUUUCGUUUUAUCCGAAGAGGGCCCAUAUAUGUCAAAGGGAAAGGCGAGCUGCUGACCUUUUUCAUGAAAGGCAAAGACAAACCCAAUACCAAAGAUGGUGCAGUAACUACUACCCUUCCACACCAAGUUGGAGACCUUCACUGACUUUUUUUUUUAAUCUCUUCAAAUGGCAUAAGCCCAAUAACAGGCCUGAGCAAAAUGUCAGUUUUGUCAGCCAUGAAUUUCACAGGAUCUUGUUUUUUGUGCGCUUCAUAGCCCAUGUGAAGAAUAUGACGGUAGACUGACACAACAAAAACGCUAAUGCACAAUUAUCAGGACUUUUAUAGACAAAUGUUUCAAGAAACAUGUUUUGUAAAGUUGUAAACAAAUUAAGAAUGUCUUAGAGAGCUCCUGAGCUAAAGAUUGCUGCACUUGAUUCACAGAGUGCUACAGACACGAGAAAAACAAAAAUCUAUGUCUGAUUUUUUUCAACAUUUUUCAUUUCAUUAUUUGAAAAAGCAAACACUUCAUCCUCUUUGAUACAGUCCCUGUGAAUAAAUUUUAUAAGCUCACAUAUAAAAAGGACAUUGUUUAAAUCUUGAAAAACGGUAUGAAAAUUAAACGCAUCCCUACAGACUAUGACCUGUGACAAGGUGAGGUGUUUAUGUAUUUUGUGUGGUCAUCGUACAUAGACCUAAAGAGAUUUCUGUAGCCUUUAGAAAAAUUAUUAUGUAUGCUUUUAUGUCUGGUAGGUGAUUUAAACAAGAUCUCCAAAUUAUCUGAAAUAAAUAAUCCCACAAUAAGUAGUAUUAUACAUUUAAAGAACUAUCAGUUUGUCCAGGAUUGGCCGCUCCAUCGAAUUACACCAAAGUGUUUGCUGUUUCAUGUUCGAAAGAGUCUCUAAAAAGCCAGAAAUUUUAUAUCAGCAUCUACAGGUAACUGUAAGGGUCAAAAUGCAUCUUUCUGCAAUCAGGGAGAGAGUGAAUAAAAUCAAGCUGCAUGGAAGGUUGAAUUUGGCUAAGAGGAUUUUAGAGUAAAACUACAUUUUGUCGGUGAACACAGAUGCAAAGGCAAGGGCUUUUAGAAUAACUUUUUCUGCACAAAUAGAGUUCAUUGCUUACACUAACGGUAAACAUGGUUUGAUUGUUUUUUUUCCAGACCAAAGACAAUUUUGGGGGGCAAUGUAACCUCAUACAAUUUGUGGCGAGAAUGUUCUGGCUUAGGUUUAUUUCACUGCCUCUGGGAGCACACAGCUUAUAAUGAACAAUCCAAAUAUGAAUUCACAUCAAAGGGCGCAUGAAGGUAAUGUGAGGCCAUGUGUCUGAAAGCUUGGGUUGAAGCAGAUGUAGACUUUUUUUUUUACAGGAUAAUGAUCCUAAACAAGAAAAGAGCACACAAAGAAUAAAUGUAGGGUUAGUCAGAACCUAGAAGCGAAUCCCACUGUAUUUUUGUGUGGAGGUUUGAAAUAAGCAGUGCAUAACAGAAAAGGUACCAAGAAAGGUACUGAAGGAACUGAGCAUGUAAGAGUGGUCAAAGCUGCUCAUCUACAAGAUCAUGAAGUAGCUUCUGGUAUCAGCUAGUUCAUAUUAAUGUUGAAUAAACGAAUGGAAGAGGUCAGAGGCAUACAACAUCUUUAUCGGUAUGCACUGUUUCAAAAAGGGUCGGGUGUUUGCCUAGCCAAAACGUAUGUAAAUUACAAGUUUUCAGUAGAUAAAUAAUACAUGACUUUCCUUUUUCCUUUCUUUUUUAUGUAUCUUGCA